AUGUCCCUAAAAACAUUUGGUUCGAAGUUCUAUUUUUGGAGUUUGGCUUUCACUCGACGAGAUGCUGGCAAACGAAGUUAUUACAACAGCGGGGGCUCAAGAAUCUCCGAGCCGGGCCGGGCUGCUCAUGUCCGGGUUGUGGACCUCCGCAGUGAUACGGUCACUAAACCUGGAGCGGUGAUGCGCCGGGCCAUGGCCGAGGCCGAAGUCGGAGACGAUGUCAUGGGCGAAGACCCCACAGUCAACGAGUUGCAAAAGAUUGCAGCUGACAUGUUUGGGAUGGAGGCGGCUCUGUUUGUCCCCACGGGAACGAUGAGUAACCUCAUUGCAGUGAUGGUACACUGCAGGGAGCGCGGUGACGAGAUGAUUGUGGGCGACCUAUCCCAUCUACACAUCUACGAACAGGGAGGCAGUGCACAGCUUGCUGGCGUCCACUCGACCACGGCCACAAACCUCCGAGAUGGCACCAUGGACCUGGACCAGCUCGAAUCCAAGAUCCGCCAUGGCUACCCGGACCCUCACUAUCCUCGCUCACGCCUUAUCUGUGUGGAGAACACGCACAACAUACAAGGAGGACGUGUCCUGCCGCUACGGUUCCUACAAGAGGUGCGAGCUCUGGCCGACAAGCACGGCUUGUCGGUGCACAUGGAUGGCGCGCGUCUGAUGAACGCCGUCGUGGCGCUCGGCGUGUCAGCGGCGGACAUACUGCAGCACACGCACACUGUCAGUGUGUGUCUUUCUAAGGGACUUGGUGCUCCAGUGGGAACCAUGCUCGCCGGGCCCAGAGAUUUCAUUUCCCGGGCGGUGAGAUGCCGUAAAGCUCUAGGCGGUGGAAUGCGGCAAGCCGGCAUCAUAGCGGCAGCGGGAAAAGUGUCUUUGCUGGAGAUGGUCAAGAGACUACAAGAAGAUCACGACAAUGCCAAAACUUUCGCUCGAGCUUUACAAACGUGCGAGCCGCAGCUGUUUGACGUGGACUUGGCUGCCGUGGAGACAAACAUACUGCGCUUCGAAGUCCGAGAACCCGCCUUGAAUCCUGUAGAGUUCUGUGAGCGCAUGGCCCAGGUGGGGCAAGGGGAGGAGGAGGAACUGGGCGAGGGGGUACAAGUCCUCAUGUACCCUCAUUUUGGCAACUCAGUGAGAGCCGUGUGGCAUCUAGGGAUAUCGCCGGAAGACACGCAGAUGGCCGUCCGGAAAAUGCAGUUUGUCGCCCGUCAAUGCUUGGAGAAUAAACAGCAAAGGGACUAA